GUUUCAUCUAGCGUGAGGUUCUUUCCAGUAGACACGACACACUCACUCAAUCUCCUACUCCAUCGCCAGAAUGCACGUCCUCAUUGCCGGAGCCGGUCUCGGUGGGCUCACGCUCGCGCAGAACCUGCGGAAACGGGGCAUUUCCUACGAGAUCUUCGAGCGUGAUGACAACAAGGACUCGCGGUUCCAGGGCUGGGCCAUUGCCUUGCACACCAUCACCGAUGACCUGGUGGCAUCGAUGCCGUCCGAUCUGCCGGACUUGAAAGAGUCCACCAACCAUAUGAACCCCCUGAAGCUUCCUACGCAAAUCUGUCUCUACCCUGCUGAAAGCAACAUGCGUGUUGGAUGGGAGGACUCCGCAGACACGCCCUUUAUCCGCGCCGAACGCUAUCGUCUGAGAAACUGGCUGUCGACCAAUAUCCCGAUCCAAUGGGGCAAGCGUGUCCAGCGCAUCGAACACGACGACCAAGGCGUAACCGUCUACUUCGAGGACGGCACCAGCGCAAAGGGUGACCUUCUCGUCGGCGCCGAUGGAGUGAAGAGCGUCGUGCGAGAGCAACUGCUCCAAAAGCGCCACGACGAGGUGCUGAGCGUCAUCCCAUUAGCCGCCAUCAUCGGGCAACUGACAUUGUCCGGCGAGGCGCUCCGGCGCCAGCUCGAGCUCAGCCACGGCAGCUACUCGCUGAUCGACGCGGAACGGGGGUAUCUGACCUUCUGCUCGCUGCACGAUGUAGCCCCCGACGGGAAAUCGGCGCGGUACUACUGGAUCAUGUCACGGUCCGACUCGACCAUCGCCGAACCAGACCACUGGCUGAAGAAGGCCACGCAGCAGGAGAAACUGGAUCACGUCCUCGAAGUGAUGCAGAAUCGGGACCCGAAGUUCCGCGAGAUCUUCGAGUCCACUCCCGUUGACGGCAUCAAGGAGGAAACGCACGUCUGGCGCGACCUGGAGCUCGACGGCCUGCCCGCUGGCCGUGUCGUGCUGAUGGGCGACGCGGCGCAUGUCAUGACGCCCUUCCGCGGCGAAGGCGGCUACAACACCUUCCUCGACGCCAUGGCCCUGGCGAAGGUCCUGGACCAGCUGAAUGCCGACGGGGGGGUCCGGAACAUCGAGGCCGUCAAGGCCGCCGUCAACGAGUACAAUCAGGAGAUGCUGGAGCGAGGCGUCAAGUCUGUACGGCUCUCGCGAGAAUGGGUCGACGGGUCCAAGGUCAAGGACAAGAAGCCGCUGCUUGCUCCCAUGAAGGUGAUCCCACCGGCAGAGGUUGUGCUGGAUGUGGGAGCUUGAUGGGAAUUACUUAGCAGGUUAGUUAGGUCUCUCUCUCUACUCUAGACUAUGUGAUCGAAGAAUAUUAUCCAUCUUUUUUUUUU